AUGGUUUCAUCGGCUUCACCACCUUCAACUUAUCCUUUAAAAGGAAUUUAUUUUUUCUUUUCAAAUUGGAUCCUUGUUCGAAGAGUUAUAAUUAUAUUAAUAAUUACAUUAUUAGCCUUGGAUAGCUUGGAUAGUUUCAAUGCUUUAUUUGACGAUGUUUUAAGAUUGAGAGGAUUAAAUCAUGUAUUGGAAAGAAAAGGAAGACCAUCUGAUUUGAUAAUAACGCUUUUAAUCACAAUGCCAUUACAUUUAUUUCCAGUCAUUGGAACAUUGUUAUAUUGUUAUUUGAAUGGAUGGAUAAUGACAUGGGGUCAUCAAAUACAUUAUCAUUUGGAAAUUAAACAUUGGAGUGUUAAUCAAUCAAGAAAGUUUGCAUGGAGGAAUCGUGAAGAUUACAUAGAGUUUGGUGCUAUAGCAGUUGCACUGGAAUUAAUACCAAUAUUAAAUCUCGUAUUCUUUUGGACAAAUGUUGUCGGAGCUGCAUUAUGGACAGCUGAUCAUGGUGGAAAGAAAAUGGAAAAUUUCCCCUAUGAGCAAAAAAUAUCUGCAACAUCUGUAUGGAAAUAG